AUGUCGGAGUUAGACGGGCGCUUCGUCAAACUUGGGGCUUGGACCAACCUCGAAUAUGGAAACGUCAUGGGCAGGACCAUUACCACAGAGAGCAAGACUGGCGCUAUAGUCAUCGCUAUAUUGGCCAUCAUUUCGACGAUCGGGACGAGCCAUCUUUGGAGCCUUAUCGUGUUUGCAUAUCAUCAGUUUCGCAGCAAUGGGGUCCCUUCUAAUGGUCUGUUUCGUCAACAGCAAGCAAUUCUACGGACUGCCCCAACUCCAAGUUCACUCAUGGCCGACGCUACCAAGCUGUGGUGGUCGUGGAGAAGAGCUACUAGCAGUGCUUUGGUACGCUCUUUGACCCCAUUUGCUUUCGCCACAAUUUGCACAGUCGCAUUCCUCAGUGCCAGCAUUUUCUCUUCGUAUAUCGUCAACAGCUCAGAUAUCGAAGUGCUCAACUCGUCAUGUCCAUUUGCAUCGGAAGUCUGCAUUGGAAACGUAUCAGCCGUUUCUAUGGACUCGGGCCUUGUCGAUCUUAACGAUGGAUUUGGACUGAACCUUCCAAAUAGCGAGCGAGUUAGUUAUGGACGAAAGACUACGUGCGCGGUGCUGUCUUUACCAGGCCACACAUCGAUUGUUGAUGCGACUGCUUUCUCAAAGGAGCUCUUGGACCGAAGCCCAUUUCCAGGAGAACAGAUCGAGAUUAUGAGCUAUGGAACUUCAGCGGCCAAUCCCACUGGAUGGGAAAAUGUAACUGUGUUCUCUAGUUUGCUUGGUGCGAAGUUUCAGCACACAUACGUUCUCAAAGGAACACGCGACCGAGUAGGCGCCCGUCAAUCCGGUGGCUCAGGAUUUGUUCCAAUGCGGGGCAUGCGACCUGAUUAUGCGGACGUAACUAUCUUCAUCUUGGUCAAUCCACUCAGCUACCUCAAGCCUGUAUACGACCCAUGGUUUCUCGCCACAAAAUCAGUCCCAAGGCGUGACGCCGCUGGGAAUGAUAUCCUCACAUAUUUCCAUGAUGGUGUAGGCAGCCCAAUGGGAUGCACAAUUCAGCAUCAAUACUGCAUCAACACCAAAUCUGGACAGCAAUGUUCUGUCCCAGACGGCGUACCGGUAUACGCAAUUCAAGCGAACGCGACACUGAAAGGCUUGGAGAGAGCAAGCGCUCUACAGCUGUCUACCUUACAGUUGCUCAUACUUCUUCGCAGUCCAGAUAUCGCAGACAACGUGACAGUCCCGGCGACAUUGGGAGACAAGGCGCUCUGCGGAGCGCAGAAGAUGCGCAAAGCGGGUGGAUUCGUUAACAUCAACGUCUUCGGACUAGCCUUCGUAAUCUCAAUGUCGCUCUUUCUUGCCUUGGUGAACAUCUCACUACUCAAAUUCAUAAUCUAUCUCGAUAGGACCAAAAAGGUUCUAGGUCCCCGGACCGAUCGAUGGAUCCAAGACGGCGUGCUACAACUGCAGCGUCGAGCGUAUGAGGCGCAUGGCCAAGGCACGUGGACACAACUCGGCAAAGAUGUUCCCUUGACGGCGAAGGGCGAGAAGUUGGUGGAUUUACCACUGGAGUCUCGUCCGAUACCAACACAUGAAAAGGUAGAUGACUCCACUGGAACUGCCUCUCCUGGCAAAAACCCUGCAGUGCACAAUUCGAGUGCAUCUAUGUUUUCGCGACGCGAUGCAUCGCCACCUGUCUCGUUGCAACGCACGCAAUCGGUGGGGGAUUUGCCAUCUCCCGCAGUAUUGAUCGAAGUUCUUGGGGCCCCAGUGGCAGGUUCUUCUACUCCUAGCUUGCCCUAA